AUGGCGCCGCUGAGGAUCCGCUGCGUGGUCUCCUUCUCCUCGCAGGACCCCAAAUACCCCGUGGAGAACCUCCUGCUGGAAGACGGGGUUCAGCCCUGGCUCUGCUGCCCCUUGGACCGCAGCCGGCAGCUGAGAGCCGAGUUGCAGCUGGAGCAGGCCGGCUGCAUUGGCUACGUCGACGUAGGGAACUCGGGCUCUGCUUUCCUCCAGAUCGAGGUGGGCCGCUCCUCCUGGCCUCCAGGUCGGGAUUAUCUCACCCUCCUUCCGACCACCACCUUGAUGGGGCCGGCCGAUGCCAAGUGGGACAGGAACCGCUCCGGGGUCCGGAUGUUUAAAGAAGGGGACUUGCUGGCUUCCGCUCUGGCGGAGAAGUGGGAUCGUGUGCGGCUCACCUGCAGCCAGCCCUUCCACAGGCACGCCCAGUUCGGCCUGGCCUUCAUCCGCCUCCGCACCCCGGAGGAUACAGAGGAGAGCCAGGGGGGCCCCGCAGCCCCCUCCCCGGGUCAGGUCCGUCCCCCGGGAGGAGAGGCUGCUCAAGCGGCAGCUGCAACAGCUGGACUCCACCCUCCGUGGCCUGAGCCGCCCAGCCCAGCUGGUCCUGAAGGGGGCAGCCUCGGCCCGCAAGCGAGCCCCCCUCCUGCCGGCCGGGUCUCCCCCACCGCCGGCUGCGAGGAGCAGAGAGGCAGCCCCAAGUCCCAGGGCACCAAGGCCCAAAGAGGAGCAACCCGCCAGGAGCAGCCGCUUGAAAACAAAGAGGAGGAGGAGAUCGCAGGGCGGCGCCAGGCGAUUGGCAAAAUGCUGAAGAUCCCCGUGAUCAAAUUCCUGCUGCACUCGGCCUCCUACGUCUGGUUCUUGGUCUUCCUGCUGGUGGAGUCCCUGAUCCUGGAGCACUACCACGAUUCCUUCAAGGGGCGGAACCAGAGCAUGUGGGAGACGUCCAUUCACAUGAUCUGGGUGGCAGGCUUCUUCUGGUUUGAGUGCAAGGAGGUCUGGAUCGAAGGGCUGCGCAGCUACCUGCUUGACUGGUGGAACUUCCUGGACAUCGUCAUCCUCAGCAUGUACUUGGCGUCCUUCGUGCUCAGGCUGCUGGUCUACCUCAAAGGACAAGUCUUCUGCUUGGACAUCCAGGCUUCUACUCCAGAGUGCUACUAUUAUACCCAAGCUGGUGAGUUCAUGUUCAUCAUGAUGAUCAUCCUGACUGCCUUCCUGUGUGGCAUGAACAACAUCUAUGUCCAUUAUCAGGAAUCGGAGCGGCUGGGGAGCUUCAACGAGACCUUCCAGUUCCUCUUCUGGACAAUGAUGGGGAUGGAGGAACACAAGGUGGUCGACAUGCCCCAGUACUUCAUGGCUGAGUUGGUGGGCCGCGUGCUCUACGGCGUCUUCACCAUCGUCAUGGUGAUCGUCCUCCUCAACAUGCUCAUUGCCAUGAUCACCAACUCUUUCCAGAAGAUCGAGAAUGACGCCGACGUAGAGUGGAAAUUUGCCCGCUCAAAACUCUACCUGUCCUUCUUCAGGGAAGGUUUAACCUUGCCCGUCCCCUUCAACAUCAUCCCGACGCCCAAGUCCACCUUCUACGCCAUCCGGGGCUUCUUUCGCUUCUUGUGCUGUCACAAAUCCAAGAAGAGCCAGAAAUAUCCCCCGAUCAACACCAUCAGCAACCCCUCGGUGGAGGAAGGGGGCACCCGGACCGAAACCCGCCUCUCUUAUCAGCGCCAAGUACUGAAGGCUCUGGUGCAGCGCUACAUCGACACGGCCAGGCGGGAGCUGGAGGAAAGCCGGAGGAAAGAUCUGGGGAACCGCCUGACCGAGUUGAACAAGUCGGUGUUGCGUCUCCACACGGAGAUGAAGCACCUCCGGCAGUCGGUGGCCACCAGCGGGGUGGGCAACAACCCCUUGGAUGGGGCCAGCGUGCUGCGCAAGUACAUCAUGAAAGUCCGCGACAGCUUCCAGAACUACGAGCCGGAGACGGGGAACGAGAGCCAGGGCUCCCCCGUGGAAGUGGUGGUGCACCAGGACGUCCCCCUGGCCAUGGAGGACAUGUUGCCAAUACUUCGGGAGGAGAAGGAGCGCCAGGUGGUGGGACAGGCAGAGGGUGAAACGGGGGGCGAAGCGGGGGAGGAGGAGGGGGAGGAGGAGGUGGUGGUCGUGGUGGGGCCUGAGGAGGAGGAGGAGGAGGCUGAGGCCGAGGCCGAGGCGGGCAUUCCGGAGUACAAGCCCCAAGAGGAGACAGAAGACGCGGCCGGGCAGGCAGCAGAAUCCUGA